AUGAAAAAGAGACUGGCAAAGACUUUGGAAACAACAAAAUUUGCCGGUUCCCCUAUAAUUGCAGUUGCUGCCAAACCAGACAGUCCAGACGAAGGCGCUACAGAAUCACUGGGCAUGAAAGAGAUGACAGAAUUAUUGACGGCCAAAGCGUACGUCCCUCAGCGAAACAACAGUGGCCCUUUCCUGUUUGCCGUCGACCAUUGCUUCUCUGUCCGGGGGCAAGGAACCGUCAUGACAGGGACAGUGUUGAAAGGCAGUGUAUCCGUGAAUGAUAAUGUUGAGAUCCCGUCUUUGAAAGUCGUUAAAAAGGUCAAAUCCAUGCAGAUGUUUCGACAACCUGUUUCAACAGUCAGCCAAGGUGAUCGAGCCGGCAUAUGUGUGACGCAGUUCGAUCCAAAACUCUUAGAACGAGGGCUAGUAUGUCAACCUUCUAGCAUACCAACUAUUUUUGCCGGCAUUAUUUCUGUGGAAAAAAUCCAGUAUUAUAAAGGGCCAGUCGCUUCCAAAGCUAAGUUUCAUAUCACAGUUGGACAUGAAACAGUGAUGGGAAAGGCUCAAUUUUUUGGGCUACCUGUGUCAGUAGACCCGUCGCCGAAUACAGAGGAUUUCGACUUCUCACAAGAGUAUAUAUUUCAAGAAGAAUUGCAUGAAGUAUCUAAGGGGAAAGAUAAGGAAACUGCUGUCAAUUCAGAGCCUUUGGUGAACGUAGAACAGCAGUAUGCUGUUUUAGAGCUUGAGAAGCCAGUCACAUGUCCAAAUUCAAGCCUUGUGAUUGGCUCUCGUCUUGAUACAGAUAUCCAUUUAAACACUUGCCGUCUUGCAUUUCAUGGAAAGUUUUUGACAACGUUUACGGACAAGAAUUACACCGAAACCAGUUUGCCAGAAUUAAGAAUUUUUAAAAAGAAAAGUCGAGUUGGGGAAGUGGAGAGGGCGGUCGACGAGUACUCGUUAGUUGGGAGAGGGCUUUUUAAGAAGGAGACUAACAUGGCGUUAUUUUCUAACCUCAAAGUGAGGCUCUCCACUGGUGAAGCCGGGGUUAUCGAAGGUGGAUUUGGGCAAAGUGGAAAAUUUAAGGUUCGAAUCCCUGCAGGUUUAUCUCCCGAGAGUUUUAACGUGAUGAGCGCUGGGCAGCGGAAGAAGGGUAAGGGUAAAGGUGUGAGCGCAGAGGAAGGUGGUGAGAAGGUGGCGUCAGUGAAAAUUAUCUUGGAUUUUAAAAGAUAUGUUUUUGAUCCUGAAAAGAAAAUGAUUCAAACAUAA